UAAACAGCUGUUCUAAAAUUUGAGCUUCGUAGUAGCGUCUGCUAUCCGCCGCGUUUGUUUUGCUGUUCCCAAAAAAUUUGCAUCGGAGGAGGAUUUCAAGAUGGCUGGAUCAUUUGUGAUAACUAGAGUUUCUCUACUUUCAAAAAAUAGUCUAGGAAGUAUUGGAGUUCCUUCUCUGACUGUUGCACAGUCAAGACAUUUUGCUGAUGCCCCUCCAACUCAGACCAAAACAAAGUUUGGUCCUCUAAGCGAUGCAGAUCGUAUCUUCACUAACUUGUAUGGACGACAUGACUGGAGGUUGAAGGGAGCUCUCAAGCGUGGAGACUGGUACAAGACCAAAGAGAUAUUAGUGCGAGGACCUGACUACAUUCUCAAUGAGGUAAAGACCUCAGGACUCAGAGGUCGUGGAGGGGCUGGCUUUCCUUCUGGCAUGAAGUGGAGUUUCAUGAAUAAGCCAUCUGAUGGCAGGCCCAAGUAUCUUGUGGUGAAUGCUGAUGAGGGGGAGCCAGGCACCUGCAAGGACAGAGAGAUCAUGCGACACGACCCCCACAAGCUGGUGGAGGGCUGUCUGGUCGCCGGUAGGGCUAUGGGAGCCAAGGCCGCUUAUAUCUACAUCCGUGGAGAGUUCUACAACGAGGCUUCCAACAUGCAAGUAGCCAUCAGUGAGGCCUACCAAGCAGGGCUGAUCGGAAAGAACGCCUGUGGCUCAGGAUUUGACUUCGACGUGUUUAUGCAUCGUGGCGCCGGUGCCUACAUCUGCGGUGAGGAGACAGCUCUCAUCGAGUCUCUGGAGGGUAAGCAGGGCAAGCCCCGCCUGAAGCCCCCAUUCCCCGCCGACGUGGGUGUGUUCGGCUGCCCCACCACUGUUGCCAACGUGGAGACAGUCGCAGUUGCUCCAACCAUCUGUAGGCGAGGCGGAUCAUGGUUUGUGGGGCUGGGUCGCCCACGUAACUCUGGUACGAAGCUGUUCAACAUCUCUGGGCACGUCAACACACCCUGCACCGUGGAGGAGGAGAUGUCCAUCCCUAUGAAAGAGUUAAUAGAGAGGCACGCUGGGGGCAUCAUCGGGGGCUGGGACAACCUGUUGGCUGUCAUCCCAGGUGGCUCAUCCACACCACUUAUCCCCAAGAGCGUUUGCGAGGAUGUCCUCAUGGACUUUGAUGGUCUGGUGGCGGCGCAGACCAGCUUGGGAACAGCAGCACUCAUCGUCAUGAACAAGCAGACGGACGUGGUGAAGGCGAUCGCUCGACUCAUCAUGUUCUACAAGCAUGAGUCCUGUGGGCAGUGCACACCAUGCCGUGAGGGCAUCAGUUGGAUGAACAAGCUCAUGUACCGCUUCGUCGACGGAAAUGCUCGCCCUGAAGAGAUUGACAUGCUUUGGGAACUGAGCAAGCAGAUUGAGGGACACACCAUUUGUGCGCUGGGUGACGGUGCAGCCUGGCCUGUACAGGGGCUUAUCCGGCACUUCAGACCUGAGCUGGAAGAACGAAUGAAGAGGUUCCAUGAGCAGAAGGCAGCAGCUCGAAAUUAAUAUUGUAGAUAUUAGAAACCGUCAAGGAUAGAUCACAUCAGCUCCGAUAAAAAUCACUCUUUAAUGUUAUUUAUUAUAAUGUCAUCUUAAAUAUCCAUGUGAUUUUACGAGCUGAAUAAAUAUGAUAUUGGUUUUUGUUUCA